AUGACUCCACCUACUUGGACCCCCAGGGGGAAUACAAUUAUAGGGAUAUAUAGGGAAAAUCUGGGUUUAAGAAUUUUAGGAGGAUAUGAUAAUUCUGUGUUGGGAGAAUUCGAAUUUUGUAAAAAUUAUUUUGCAGUUGCAAAUUUGAGAUUCUUUGGGAGAUUGGAAUUUUUUGGAGAAAAAUCAUUAGCGAUUCUAAAAGCACCCAGGGUGGAAUAUUACAGCAGUAGCCACGGCGGCUUUUACCAUACUUUAGCUUUAUGCGAGGCUCAUUCAUCAAAAGCCAACGAGUCCAAUGGCUCCAUGGGUGUACGUUGCUUAGCAAUGGGUCCUACAUCGCAGCAGGCUGUUUAUGGUCCUCCGAUAUUAGAUACUUUAGAAACAGACGAUUUUUCUCUAGACUCGUUCAUAGUCUCCAACUUAUACCUGAGCAAAACCCGACAGUGCAGCCUCACGGACAAUUUGCAUCAGGGUCUCUCACGAACGGUCAGUCCAACAGCGCGCCAGCAAGUGUCGGCCCUCCCGAGGCGGGACUAUCCCCGCCAAAUCAUGAACAAGGUGGAUGAUCGAGUCAGGUCGCCAGGUACAUCACGAUGUUUAACCACCACCAUGUCGCUCUCAAUUUCCCCCUCGAGCCCUGAGGAACCUGUCACGCUGGUGGAACUGACCAGCGUGCCAGGUGGCCAGAAUGCGAUGGCUCAUCUCAAAAAACGGAAGCUGGAAGCAGAAUCUGUCAGCCCAAAUCCUAAGCAACCACAGCAGCCACAACAACAACAACAGCAGCAGCAUUAUCAGCAACAGCAACCUUUGAUCAACAAGAAGGCUGUUCAAGCGAUUAUUCCGCAAGAAAUGGAGACAGCUGAUGCUGCUGCUAAACGAAGAAGAAAAAGCGUCCGCGACGAUGAAACGCGCAAAUCGCUCGACGCCAAUGACUCGAACAAGAACAUACCUCUGCCCCAAAAGAAACGAGCGUUCGCUGCUGGAAACUCGGGUAGCCCUGCGAGAAAGUCGAGUAAACACUCGGAGGAACCCGAGGACGAUGAGACUCUGAUCAGGGAAACCGAGGCUGCUCUGAAAAGCCUGUCGGGAAGUUGGCCCGGUCCGAGGGGCUCCUUGUAUCAACGGGGUAACUCGGACGAGGAUAAAUACGAGUCGAAUUUCGAGAACCUGUUCGAAGAGAAGAAGGACAACCCCAAGUUGUCGCCUUCUUCCAUGUCCACUUCCUCCACGACCAGCAACGACGCGGGUUGUUCCCUGAAAGACGUGAUAACGUUCCGCGGCCAGCAGGACAGGAGCAGCAGAUCUCAGCUGCAGCUGAAGCAACAAGACGCGACGAAGCAGCAGCAGCACGCGAGCAAAGUGAAGAAGGACUUGGACAGCUUGUUAAAAUCCGAAAGCGAGUGCGGUAUGAUUCAGAACCAAGUGAACAACGUGACCGUGACCGAGGCAGGUAAAAUCAGAGCAGUGCCGGUGAGGUCCUUGUCCAACAAGGACAGGAACGACAGGAGUAUGAUCGGUACUCACGUGGACGCUCAAGGUCGUCAGACGGACAAGUACUCCAGAUACGAUCCACCGGAUUUCAACGAGCUGGUCGACGACUCCUCCAACGAAUUGGAGAUAGACAUGUCCGACCCGUCAGCGGAGAAGGACGACGCUGACAGGGACAAGAUGAACGACAGGGACAGGGAUCGGACGUGUAGAAACGGUCAGUCGCCGCAAAAUCCCUCGAGGCACCAGCAGCACCAACAUCACCAACAAUUGUACGCCAACUAUCACAGACAGUUCACCGAGAAUGGCAUGAAGGUCUCGCCGACCGCCUCCACCGCCUCCUCUUCUUCACCCCCGUCGAAUUCUCCGUUCUCCGCAACGUCGGCGUUCAGACCACCCAACACGGACCACGCGAAAGCGACUGGCCGCGGUACACCGUCAGUGGCCUCGACGACGAUUCCACCUAUCGGCCCGUACCCAGCAUCCGCUACGUUUGUCGGCUACCCCACUGCUGGGCCAGGUCCGGCUAUGCCUACGCCGCAACCUGUUACCGGAAUCUCACCCGCGACCGAGGACAAGCACUCCGCGUCGGUGUCGUUGUUACAGUUGAAAUCGUCGAAGGAAGAGGUUCAUCACGUGACGAGGCACGAGGUGCCACCGAACACCGUGACAGGCAACAAGAGUCCCACCGGUGGCCUGCCAGCGGUCACCAGCCCUGACUCCUCCAAACAGUAUACGAUCCUUCAGCCAGCUGGUAUCGGCUCCAGGGCAGCCAGUGCGAUUCAGGACAUAGCCAGGGAUGGAGUGGUCAGUGUGACAGCUGUCAGUAGUUGUAGCACGACCAACGGUAGCACGACGAACGGCAUCAGUGGCAACAGUAACGGUGGAACGUGUGGCAGCAACGUAGCUAGCAAAACUACGAACAGCAACGGUAGUGGUAACGCGAGCGGCACUGCCAAUCCGGUCAGCAAUGGCAACGGGAACAAUGUGACGAACAGUAUAGCUAUCACGGCAGUUUCCACUACCACGACGACGUCCAGUCCCUCGACUGGUGCCGACGCGUCAUCCGGCACUGGCACGGUUCAGCAAGACAGCGUGAUGAAAAUGCCGGAAAGGCCUGUUACCUUCGACGGCAAUAGACCAGGAAUGUCCAUGUCUCCGUCCAGUCUCAGCAGAGAGGGCAACAAGUGCCCGACCCCAGGCUGCACGGGGCAGGGUCACGUGACCGGACUCUACUCUCACCACCGCAGCCUAUCCGGUUGUCCACGGAAGGAUAAACUGACGCCAGAGAUUCUGGCGAUGCAUGAGACUAUUUUGAAAUGCCCGACGCCUGGUUGCAACGGCCGUGGCCAUGUCAGCUCGAAUCGGAACACGCACAGGAGCCUGUCCGGAUGUCCCAUUGCCGCGGCCAAUAAGCAGGCCGCACGCGAGGCACGACACAAGGCUCAAGUGUCCGGAAUUCCUCCAGAAUACAUCAGUACGAACCUGUUGCCACCGUCGAUGGAUAGCAAGAGCUACUCUCAGUACGGGUCCACGGCGCAGGACACUAAACCGGUGCUAAGCAGCCUGACCUACGACUACUACGCGACAACGAAGAGUACAGGGAUCAACGUGAAACCGCCGAAAACGCCAGAGGAGAACCCGACGUCUCGCACGAGCAAGGUAGUCCCGAAAACCGAGAGUAUGACACCGAGUGGCAGUUGCUGCAACAGCCUGCCUACCAGAGGUCAAAGCACGUCCGACUUGCUGGUACCUAAAACGGAAGAGACAGCGUCCUGCCGAGUGAAUUCACCGCCACCACCCCCGCCACCUACCGUGCGACCGACCUACGACUCGUACAUGAACCAAGACUCGAACUCGUCGUCGUUGUCCUCGAUGGACGCCAUGGGCUCCAGGGGAUCCAUCGGCGCGACGAUACAUCAUCCCAGCCAACACGCGACGCAUCACGUCCUGCCGAUGCAGCCCACGGUCGCUUAUCCCAUGCCGAUGGUGGAGGACACCAGGAUGAGCCACCAGAUGUCGCAGAGGUCUCCUUACGAGCCAUCGGCCAUGAUGGCCGCAGCGGCGGCGGCGGCUGCUGCGGCCACCACCAGCGAGGAACUCUAUCAUCACAGAUCGGCGGAGCACGCGAGGGCCUACAUGCAUCCCGGAACAAGCAACAUCGCGCGACCGGUUGUCACUUAUUCCAAUGACAUCGCCACCGCGAGAGGUUACGAGAACGCUGUAGCCAGCGCAGCUAAUCAUCGGCCGUACGACCCUGGCACCACGUCCGCUUACGAAAGAUACGACACCCAGAGUUGUGCACCUAUCCAGUCGCAGCAGCAGCAACAGCAGCAGCAGCAACAACAGCAGCAGCAGCAACAGCUACAUUCGAGGACGAAUAUGUAUUAUCUGGGACAGGCAGGAAUGACGCCUGAGGAGCAGGAACGGGUGUACCAUCAGGAGGCUGCGGCUGCCGCGCAGCAGCAUCAGAUGGCGAUGGCCGCUGCUACAGCUGCCGGCAUGAUGAAGACCGAGGAUGUGAAGUGCGUCACAGUGGCGCAGGUCCAGCAGAUGCAGAAACCCGGUGGUCCUCCAACCUCGCCAGGUGGCUCGGUAAUGGACCUGUCAACCUCCAGUGUCACGUCGACCAGCCCACAGGCGCCACCCUACGGUUCCAACAGCCUUAGUCCGCAAUAUGGCGGCGGUCAGACAGUGGGUGGCAGUCCUCAAGCUGCAGCCAGCCCGCACUUGACCGCGAGUCCUCAGGUUCCCAGCCCGCAGGGACAGACCCUCGAUCUCAGCGUGAACAGGCUUCACAG